AUGUCAAUACCAGUUCCUUGCAGCUAUAUAAAAGCAUCUGUGUCUGAUCUGAAAUUCAUUCUAACCGCAACAACGGAACAAUCAAACAUGUACUCAAAGGUCAUUAUCUUCCUGUGCGCCGCUGGCAUCGCCUCUGCCGGAAAUCUCCUCCACGCAGCACCUGUUGCGUACAGUGCACCAGUGUCCUCCGUGUCAUACUCUUCUCAAACUACUUCUCAUGGAUCCCCGAUCACAUACGCUGCAGGCCCCGUCGCAACUUACGCCGCCGCUCCAGUCAUCACCAAGACAGUCUCUCCAGCUGUAUCUUACCAGACCAUCUCUCACGCACCAGCCGUGGCAACUUACUCUACGGGAGCUGUUUUAGCUAAAUCCAUCGCGCCUGCUGUAUCUUACUCAACAGUAUCACGAUCUUCUCCUAUCACUUAUGCCGCCGGCCCUGCAGUCAGUUACUCCGGUCCAGUUGUAACGAAGUCCAUUUCACCUGUAUCCUACUCUUCAGUUGCUCAUCCUGCAUCAGUAGCAUAUGCUGCACCUGUCAGCUACGCUUCUCACGCUGCUCCAGUAGCAUACAGCACUGGUUCAGUCGUUACCAAGACUUUGACUCCCGGAGUGUCUUACUCAUCCAUUGCAUCCCCGUCUGUAUCCUACUCUGCUGCACCAGCAUAUUCUUAUGCUGCCGCGCCUGCAUACUCUUAUGGAUCGGCCCCAGUUCUCAAAUCAGCCGUAACUUACUCUGCCGCACCCGCAGUCUCUCACGUUACCUACUCCGGUUUGGGAGUUAACUACGGUUGCUAUAUAAAAGCAUCUGUGUCUGAUCUGAAAUUCAUUCCAACCGCAACAACGGAACAAUCAAACAUGUACUCAAAGGUCGUAAUCGUCUUAUGCGCCGCUGGCAUCGCCUCAGCCGGCAAUCUUCUCCACGCAGCACCUGUUGCGUAUAGCGCACCAGUGUCCUCCGUGUCAUACUCUUCUCAAACUACUUCUCAUGGAUCCCCGAUCACAUACGCUGCAGGUCCCGUCGCAACUUACGCCGCCGCUCCAGUCAUCACCAAGACAGUCUCUCCAGCUGUAUCUUACCAGACCAUCUCUCACGCACCAGCCGUGGCAACAUACUCUACAGGAGCUGUCGUAGCUAAAUCUAUCGCGCCUGCUGUGUCUUAUUCAACAGUAUCACGAUCUUCUCCUAUCACUUAUUCCGCCGGCCCUGCUGUCAGUUACGCUGCCCCAGUCUUAGCAAAGUCUAUUUCACCUGUAUCCUACUCUUCAGUCGCUCAUCCUGCAUCAGUAGCAUAUGCUGCACCUGUCAGCUACGCUUCUCACGCAGCUCCAGUAGCAUACAGCACUGGUUCAGUCGUUACCAAGACUUUGACUCCCGGUGUGUCUUACUCAUCCAUUGCAUCGCCAUCUGUGUCUUACUCUGCCGCACCUGCGUACUCUUACGCUGCCGCACCCGCCUACUCUUAUGGAUCGGCCCCAGUUCUCAAAUCAGCCGUAACUUACUCUGCCGCACCCGCAGUCUCUCACGUUACCUACUCUGGCUUGGGAGUUAACUAUGGCUGG